AUUUCUUCUGAUCUCACCCCCCAGGCCUCUCUCAUUUCAUUUGCAACCUAUUUAUUUCUCUCAGAAAAAAUGGUCCCGCAUGUCCUGCUGUUGGGAAUUCUUCUGCAGGCUAGGAUUAGGGCUCGAGCCACAAGCUGACUCUGCGGGGACCGGGGUCUUGUGACCAUCAUCCUGGACGCAGAUAAGAAGAAUAAAUAAUAUUGAGCUUUGGAAUUUGGAAGCCCCGUACGCCGCUAUUGGGCAUAAUCUCUCCUUAUUCGAUAUUUCAAAGUGACACAGGAGUGGUUGCUUGCUUUUCGGACUACUUGCUUAUUGUCAACACCUCUUUCUCUCGCACCGCUGUUCUGCCCUGAUUCCCUCCCCUCUUUCCUCGGGGAAGGGACAGAUAGAACAUUCUUCUCCGUCACGAAACGCCAUUCAAAUAUAGAUCUCAGCCAUGCUUUCACCGACCUCUCUCGCUGUCCCAAGACAGGCUCCGCCAGUGAGGCCGUCUCGGUCACUCGAGGGACUAGAGAAAGUUGUGCCUCCACCUACACCUCAGCCUGCUGCUCGGUCAGCACUUCGGUUGGAUAAGCCACUCCCCAAGCUGCCUGCGAAACCACUACCUGAGACACCCUCAAUGGAGAGUUCGAUGGGAUGGAGUGACGACAGCAGCACAGAUGUCAGCCUCGAAACUCGUCGUACAUCUGAUGCGUCGUCCGAGAGUUACCCAGUUUGUGUUCGUUCACCCUCGGAUGAUCUGGACGAAUUCGUCGAACAUUCUCCUAUUUCUAGCAUAGAUCGCUCUUCCCCCGUGAAACCAUAUAACAAACCAGAACCGUCACCUCUGCCGCUCACCACAUUGUAUGAUGAUCGUCACCAUCAGCGGUCACGUGCCGCUCCUAACCAUUAUUUCAGAGAGAAGAAAUGGGAGUUCUUUCCAGAGCUCGCGAUGCCAUCAGAACUGCCACCUGGGUACCCCAAGUUUCCACCUGCACCUCGGAAGCAGAAUAACAGUCGUUUGAACCUAACGGCAUUCGACUUUACGAAGAUAAGUCCUCGCUGUACUUCACCUGAUAAGCGAGCACUUUCCCAUGAUGUACGCAAGUCUAUCCGCUCCUACGUACAACGAAGACUAUCCAAGCACUCAAUUGAUAAGAUCAAGCCUAAGCGACGACCACGAGCAUCGACGGCUCCCUCUGAGUUUCCGGAAGAAUACCGAUGCUCCCGGAAGACUUCUUCUAGCAACUACUCUAACUAUUCCGAUUGUGGAAGUACAGGGCCGCAACAGAACUUCCUCUAUCUCUCUGCCGAUCUCAAACGACUGUCAAUGGGCAGCAGUUUAAGUGAUGACGAUAGCGACGGAACAGUGAACUCGAUAACACCCUAUCAAAAGAAACAGACAGCUGUUCGCAUCUCGACUUACCAAAGGUAUGGGCCAGCCACGCGGGAGAAGCCCGGACGUGAAAAGAGGAUCAGUUACCGGCAAAGAGGCAAUGUAAGAUUUCCGAAAUACCGGAAACAGGCCUCAACUUUCCAGUAUGACACUUCUCUGAGGACCGGACCAUCAACAUGCUCUACACUACAGCAAGGCACACGGUUCUGCGUUAGAGUGCUGCAGGAUGGAACGAGUCAUGUCCUUAUAGCGCUGGAUGAAGCGAGGCAGAAGAUAAUUCAGGCUCAAGUCGAUCGAAGACGGAGACAAUUGAAAUCCAAGAUCAGAUUAAUUGGUCCGGUCAAUCCAUAUACUACCUACGGGCGGGUUGACCCUUGGAUAUGACUAUGCAUAACUAGUGGUCUUAGCAGAUCAGUCGUCUUACUGCAUCUUGUAUCGUCUAGACCGUCGAUCCACUUUUUGGCCCGUCUCAUCUUCUGGUUUUCUCUAUCUACUUACCCACUCUUUCUUUCAUUUCUCUUUCCAUUCCCCCUUUAUUCUGAUAUUACUUGUACACUUUUGGUUUCCUUUCUCUCAAUAUCCUGGAGGUAGUUACGGUAGGCGUUAUGGAUAAAAUCCAGGGGAGGAUUGAUUCAUUGUUCAUGAGCAUGAUAUUUGAUACACCUUUACUAUUGCUGUUUGAGUUAUGAUGUAGUUGCAUGAACACCAG